AGAGCUCCGUGGCACGGUUCCGUCGGCAGAGCGCCGGAUCCACAGCACACACCGCGGCAACGUCCUCUGGGCUCAGGACGCAGAGUGAGCGGAGGCUCGCCACCACACUGUGCGCGUUCAAGAGGGAACAACCGCAAGUUAUUACUGGUUCAAGGUUGGCGAUUUCCCGCAUUUGUUUCAUUGUUUUUUGCUACUAUUUGUUAUUUAAUGAGUAAGAUACUUUAGACAUGGCUUCAUCCGUGAGCGGCACAGAGGAGGUGCGGGUGACGGCGUUGACGCCCCUGAAGUUGGUGGGACUUGUGUGCGUCUUUCUCGCUCUCUGCCUGGAUGUCGGUGCCAUGUUGAGCCCGGCGUGGGUCACCGCGGAUGACCAGUACUUCCUGUCCCUGUGGGCGUCUUGCUGGAAGCCCGUCAGCUCCGAGGAUUGGUCCUGCAACAGCACGCUGGCCACGGACUGGCAGAUCGCCACCCUGGCUCUGCUGUUGGGGGGAGCAGCCCUCACGCUGCUCGCCUUCCUCGUGGCGCUGUUCUCCCUGUGCUUUGGCUCCAGGAGUCGCUGCUACAAGCCUGUGGCCGUCAUGCUUUUCUCUGCAGUUGUGCUCCAAGUGUGCAGCUUGGUUCUCUUCCCCAUCAAGUUCAUAGAGACGGUCAGUCUGAGGAUCUACCAUGAAUUUAACUGGGGCUACGGCCUGGCAUGGGGAUCCACCAUCUUCUCUUUCGGAGGCGCCCUCCUCUACUGCCUCAACCCCAAAAACUAUGAAGACUACUACUGAAAAGACAAGAGGAGAAACCUGGGACCUCACCCAGCUAGUGUCCACAUUAGUAAUAGCACCUCUGUUACACAUCGCACAAACAGACCAGAAAUAGGAAAAAAAUGCUCAUUAAAAUUUUCAGGACUGGAAAGGAGCUCUUGUAUUUGAUACUGUGAACUUGUUGUCUGAAAUGCUGUCCUUGCUCAUUGGACUGAAGCCCUGAGGUCUCUUAGGAGGGUUGGCAGCGAAUCCAGUCAUAUAAAGAAGCGAGGCACUUUCAUUUGGGAGCGAAUGCCACCGGUCAGAUAAUCCUGCGUCCCCUUUAAGUGUAACUCCAGUAGGUCUUAGUUCUGGACACAAGGUCUGUUGUGAACAGAUGGAUUCGCUGGCCCCAUACCCGGAGGAAUUGAUGGACUAAUUAGCCAAUCAGAGAAGAGAAGGAAAUGUAGAGAGGAAGACAUUCUUUUGAAGUGAUAUCCUGAGGAUGACAAACUGAGGAGGCACACCUAAAGAAUGCAACAUGCCACAUUUCCCCAGAGACGCAACAACAACUGGAGGCUGGCCAAGCUUUCUUCUGCUGCCAGCAGACUUUAAUAUAUCGGAGAAAGCAUGUCACGGAGCUCCCUGGACUCACUGCAUUUGUCCUGUCCUGCUUGUGUCUAUUAUAACUGGGUCAAUAAACAAACAGAAGCUACCUAAGACAGCUAACACCUUCCAAACGGGUGGAAGUAACACAAUCCUAGUUAAUGACUCACUCACGAGUGUCUUCUACACAAAACCUGAUUUACAAGAUGCGAUCAAGAAGUUCUGAGAACAAAACUAUAAAAAAAAUCCAAAGCAUUGCCUGAAUUUAAUUUGGUCAUCUAACGUUCAAAGUUACCUUUUACCCGCGACACUCCCACAAAGCUUCCAGCACAGCUGUUAUUUUUAGAUCGCUCCCUGGAAUUCCAAUUAUCCAUGACCACAGACUGCAAACAUUAGCUUCUGUUUGAACCUGAGCCCUCCGUAGGGAGGACAGUCGCUGGUUUAAGAUGUCCAGCUACAGGAGUCGAGCUGAAGAGGUUCCUCAGCAUUUCCCAGGAUAAACUGGAGGCGGCGGCUGGGCUGUGGAGGUCUGGGCAUCCUUGCUUAGGCUGCUGCCCGGCCCCGGAUCAUAGCUUUUACACUAUGGCAGAUCCAGCAUCAGAGGGCGAUCUAAAAGUAGCAGCCGAUCGUGAGAUCACCUGAAGUCUUGGCUUUAGUAGACCUGCUGUGAGAACCUUUCAAAUACCCCCAGUCAUACCUUCUUUUUCAGGAAACUGCAUCAUAAAUAAACUAAUAAAGCUUAUUAGUUACAAGCACAGCAGUAGGAAGGUAGAGGGCAAAUGACCACGUCUGCUGAGCGAGUGUGCAUGAUCAUACCACCCAGCAUGUGCUCACAGACCUACCCGUGUGAUGCCUCCUUAUCUUCCCUCUCAGUAGGAAAUGAAACGCUCUCAACAGGCACCAUUAAAAAUACAUCUGCUUCCCUAGACUGUAGCUGAAAAAGGCAACAGACUUGGUUUUAGCGUCUGAGCGAAGGUGCACGCCAGAGUGAGACGUGCUGUGUACGAGUGAAACGAGGACCGCGAGGUAGACGACCUACGGCGGCGUGCUGUGGUAACGGCCGUCUUCUUAAAGCUCCUUUAUAGCGUUCAUGAACUCCCUCCUGCAACAUCAAAGUAAAUGAAUGUGUGCAUGCAUUUACAAUUCCCACUGGUCUGAUAAACACAAUAAACAUGUAGUAGAAAAUAAA